UUGCCAGAGUGAAAAACCGAUAACCGUUGUCGGCAACCGUAGCGGCCGACGUCCGGUGUUUUCCGUCAGAUACAUGCGACCCCUCCAGAAGCUUCUAGAAGCUGCCGCCGCAGCCUCUACCCCGCCCGCCGCCGCGCACCUCCACGCCCACCUCCUCCGCUCAGGCCUCCUCCACUCCUCGCACUAUCUCACCGCGCACGUCCUCGAGUCGUACCCACCGGGCCUCGCCCGCGACCUGUUCGAUGAAAUACCCUGCCCGACGCCGCGCCUCGCUAAUGCGCUCCUCCGCGCUCACCUCCGCGCGCGGCAGUGGCGCGCCGCUACCCUCCUCGUGCCGCGGCUCCGAGUGCGCCCGGACGGCUUCACCUUCCCGCUCCUGCUCAGGGCCUGCGCCAUGCUCCCCUCCCUCCCCCACGGCCGCGCCGUGCACGCGGUCGCCGUACGCUCUUGCGCCGCGUCCGAGGACGCCUUUGUCGCCGCGGCGGUCGUGCAGAUGUACGCCAGGUGCGGAGACAUGGCCGGGGCUGUCAACGCGUACGGCGCGUUGGAGAAGCCAGACGUCGUGCUCUUGACGUCCGUGGUGACUGGGUAUGAACAGAACGGACUGGCCAUGGAGGCAAUGGAGUUCUUUGCAAGGAAUGUGGUUGGCCAGGGCGUCGUGCCGACUCCGGUCACGCUUGUGAGCGUGAUUUCGGCAGCGGCACAACUGGGGGAUGCCCGGAACGGGCAGGCGUCACACGCGUAUCUUGUCAGGAACAACUUGGGUUAUAAUCUAGCUCUAGUGAAUGCUGUUCUUGGGUUUUAUGUGAAAAUUGGGGAUGUCCAGGCAGCUAGGAGGGUGUUUGAGGGAAUGGCAGAUAGGGAUGUCGUUACUUGGACCAGCAUGAUCAAAGGAUAUCUGCAAUCAGGAGACGCGCACGAGGCAUUGAAGGUGUACAGGGAGAUGGUUCAGGUGGGUGUCCAACCGAAUUCUGUGACUUUGGUUAGUGUUCUGCAGGCUUGCGCACUUGCUGUGGAUGUUGAGGAAGGCAGGAGCACCCACCACAAAUCUGUGAAGAUGGGUUGUGAACUUGAGGUGGGUGUUGCAACUGCGCUGGUUGAUAUGUACAUGAAGUGCUCAUGUCAUGAGGAGGCGAUGCGCCUCUUCCAUCGGAUGCCAAAGAAAGAUGUGGUAGCUUGGGCUGCAGUCAUCAGUGGCCUCACACAAAAUGGUCUCCCUGAUGAAUCUCUCCAAGUGUUCAAAUGCAUGUUAUUGGAUAAUCAUGCUCCUGAUGCGGUCACAAUGGUGAAGGUACUCAGUGCAUGCUUGGAAUCUGGUGGUGCUCGCCAAGCUAUCUGUCUCCAUGGUUAUUUGGUUAGAAGUGGUUUCGACAAUAAGGUGUUUGUAGCGGCUGCACUUCUUGAUUUAUAUUCAAAAUGUGGAAACUUAGAUAGCGCUAUCAGGGUUUUUGAAAGUACCACAGAAAAGGAUGUUGUUCUGUGGAGCUCAAUGAUUGCUGGUUAUGGAGCCCAUGGUCUUGGUCAGGAAGCUGUUGCCUUGUACCAAACGAUGAUUGCCUCAUCAAUUAAACCCAAUAGUGUGACUUUUGUGUCAGUAUUAUCAGCAUGCAGCCACUCUUGCCUGGUGCAGGAAGGAAGACAAAUUUUUGAUAGCAUGACUCAAGUUUAUGGAGUCAUGCCAAAUCCUGAACAUCAAAGUGCCAUGGUUGAUCUCCUUGGGCGGGCCGGUGAACUACAAGAGGCCAUAAGUGUCAUUCAUGACAUGGAUGGGAGAGCUGUUGCUCAUGCUUGGUGUGCCUUGCUUGCUGCCUGUAGAGUACACAACAACACUGAGAUGAUCGAAGUAGUAGCAAAGAAUCUCUUGAAUCUGGAUCCUGACCAUGUUGGCUACUACAAUCUCUUGGCCAAUAUAUAUGCAUUUGAUGAGAAGUGGGAAAGUGUAAAUGAUACGAGAGACACGGUGAGAGGUAGAGGUUUGCGUAAAGUGCCAGGUUACAGUGCGGUUGAGGUCAAUAAUGUAGAGCACAGGUUCAUUGCUGGGGAGUGGUCUCACCAAGAUCAGGAGAAUAUCUGCACCCUGCUCUGUGACCUGUCACAAAAGUUGAGAAGCGAGGACUGUUCCUUUCAAAUUGACACUGGCUUAAUAAUUGAGGAUUUUGCUCUUCUCUGAGUUGAAAUUGAUCCUUGAGUGCUCCUCAAGUGAUGGUGAAUUUAUAGGAGACAACAGGUAGAGGAAAAUGGCAUGGACAAAGGUGGAAAUUCAUCUUACAAGCUUGUACUAAUUUUAAGAUUGUACGAGUUGACAGUUCGAGAAGAACAUAUUCAUAUUUGACUUAAAGAAAAAUAGGUAGGUUGGAGCAUGCCAUAGCCCAUAGUUUUCUCCCUAAAGCUUUUGGGCAUUUCAAAGUUCUUAUACAACCUGCAACCUCUGUAUGAAGAUAGCAUACUGAAGCAAGUAUUUGAGCUGGUCUUAUUUUGAA